UACUAACGGACAACUACCCAGGUACCCAGAUUAGCUGAGUAUCUGAAACAUGAGAUUAUUUAAGUGAAACAUCUAGAAACACUUUUCUUCAUAUGUGAGAUAUUAAUUCAUAUAUGAUAAACACGUUACUUCAUACAUUGUGUUUUGUUUUGCUUUUUACAUUUUUCUUUAACACUGUUUUUUGUCGUUCUUCACUCUUUUUGUUUGUUUGUUUUUUGUGAGUGUUUGGUCGUGUAAAGCGUAAGUUAUUUAUGACAGAAUAAACAAUCCAAUAAACACAAAAAAACAAUAUCCUACAAUAUUAUCCAGACCUUUCCUGUUGUGUCCACCUCGCUCAACACAAGAGGUUUAUUUUUUCUCAAUUUUUAUUUAUUCAUUUGUUCUUACAACCCACCGUCUGUCUCUGGAAACUCUGUCACCAGGUCCACAAAUAGAAGAGAGGGCACAGUGGUGACUGAAGAUGAUGAUGAUGGUCAUGAUGAUUAUGAUGGGGGGGAUGUGGUCGCCUCUCCUGCAGCCACAGCGCCCCCUGCUGCACCACAGAGACAGUGGUAACACUGCACCGGCUCUGGGCCCUGACAGUGAGUCAGCGUCGGUGCAAAGCUGCAGGUUCAUGAUCUCUGAUAAUUAUCAAUGCUUUACAUCGGUCCUGAAAAAGCAGGGUAAAGCAAGCUGCUGCAAUUAGCUGAUUGUUUUGAUUAAAAAAAAAAAAAAUCUAAACCAUGGAUCAGUUUCGAGGAUUAUUUGUCAAACUGGACCAAAACAAAGAUGGAUUCAUUUCGGUGGCAGAGCUCCACGACGAAAUGAGGAGACAUGGGAUCCUCUCAGCUGAUGGCAAGGCCCAGAAUAUCAUUGAUUCUUAUGACAAAGACAAAGAUGGGCUGUUGGAUUAUAAAGAGUUCCUCAGCUACAUGAUGGACAGAGAGAGGAAAUGGAAAAUCUACUUUCAUGACCUUGACAAGAACAACUGUGGGGUGAUUGACCAGGAGGACAUCAUAUGUUUGUUUAAGGAGUUAGGAGUGGUCAUUUCAAAGCCGAAUGCAAAAAAAAUAAUACAAAUGAUGGAUAAGGACAGCUCCAUGACUGUGGACUGGGGCGAGUUCCUGCACCAUGUCAUCCUCAACCCUGUGGACAACAUCGGGGAGCUGGUGACCUCGUGGAAACACCAGCUGGUUUUUGAUGUGGGGGAAAGCCGUGCGAUGCCCCUUGAAUUCCCAGAGGAGGCGUCUGGUUUUGGUGUGUGGAGGACGUUUGUUCUGGCAGCAGGACUGGCAGAUGCUGUGUCCCGGACUGUGACGGCACCCAUCGACCGCCUUAAGACCCAACUUCAGGUUCAUGGAUCCAAGGCCUUCUCCCAAGGCUUUCGGGAGAUGAGAGCAGGCGGUCUGCAGUCGAUGUGGCAGGGCAACACUGUUAACAUGCUGAAAGGAACGCCACAGUCAACGCUACAGUGUCUUAUCUACGCCCAGAUGAAGGUGUACACCCAGAACAGAACCCAGGAGACUCUGACGGUGCAGCAGCGUUUCGGGUUGGGCUGCGUCUCCGGUGCCAUCGCUCACGCUGCCUUCUACCCUUUAGAGGUGUUGAAGGUGAGGCUGAACCUGCAGCAAGCUGGCACUUAUUACGGCGUCGCGGCCUGCGCCCGAUCCAUUUACAGACACGAGUCUUUGUCCUCCUUUUACAGAGGAUUCAAGCCGAGCAUCCUCUGUAUGAUCCCCUAUGCAGGUGUGGAGUGUGCAGUUCAUCAGUCGAUCAUGAACUGGGCAAAGAGUGAUCCGGCCUACAACAGUGACUCCAAACUGUUUUUCUUCAGUUUUGUGGCCUUUGCCUCUGGACAGAUGACCAGUUACCCUCUGGCAGUGAUCCGCACUCAGCAGCAAGCACAGGCUUUCAGCUCGGAUUCGCGCCAGGCUUCAGGCGUUUUACAAGGACUUAUGGGGAUUUAUGAAAGACAUGGAAUUAGAGGAUAUUAUAACGGCAUGGGAGCCAGCUUCGUCAGGGCUGUUCCAUGUGCUCUGAUAAAUUACACUUUAACUAGAAAAUUUGAAAAUCUGUUUUCUUCCAUGGAGUCUUGAGAGUUAGCAAAGAGGUUGCUGUUUUCUUCGCAUGCUGAACUGUUACUUUCAAACAGGGAUGUGAUCAAGAACACAAAUAAAAAACUGUGAACUCUUAUUAAGUGAACUGAGUGCUCAAAAAAUAACAACUCCUGAAAUAAAAUGCAAGUGUCAAGUCUGCCAGACAUGUAUUAUCUUGUGAUUCAACCUUUAAUACCUCUGUAGCUUUGUUUUUUUUAACCACUGACUAAGAGCCUAAACCACACAGAAUGCUGGUGCAUGGUUGACUCGAAAUUUACAAUGUGACUGAAGUGUAAUAACUGCCCACUUAAGACUGAACUGUGUAAAUGUGGACAUGUGUUAAAGUGGGAGCUGUAUAAUAAAAGAGAGCAUUUUAUUUAA